AUGCCGCCGCGCAAGAAGGCCGGCGCCUCGUCGCAGUUUGAUGCCUCGGAGGUCAUGCAGCCCGUCCAGGCUCUGCGAGGCCGCAUGGAUGCCGCCGGCUCGUCUCGCAAGCGCACGCUCGAGGAGGUCGGCGUGUCGGGCGUGUCGAAAGAGGUGCAGCACAUGGGUGCGGAGGACGUCUCGGCGGAGAUCGAGGCACUCUGCAUGCGCGCGGUCGCCUCCAUCAUGCGCGGCGACGGCUUCUCCUACAUGAUGCCCUCUCGCGUCGCAUCCAACCAGAUGUACGUCAAGGAGCUCGACCGGGUGGUCCUCAAGGAGAAGAUGCUCGAGCGCGUCUUCUCCAACGCCUCGCGAUCACCACCCGGCUGA